UGUUCAAGUUGGCACACACGUUUUUACUCUCAGUAUAUUUGCAAUCGCAAUUAGUUUAGACCGUGUGAAGUGUUUCGUUUAUUUAAAUUAUUGUAGUGAAUUUAAGAAUAAAAUGAGUUCAUCUCGACGUACUGGGAUUGGUCCAGGUGAUCGAUCCAAAGACAUUACUCGGACCGAUAACACCACAAUUCAGAAACCGGUCAAUUUAAAGAAAAAUAGAGAUGCAUUGCGGAACGAAAUUAUGAAGGUCUCUCAACUGCUAUCAUUUAUACCAAAUAGUUACGGAGAUCGAUACAUUUCGCGACGAUAUAACAAGUACGAUCCACAACAGAAUUUCGUUCGUCCGGUAUUAAUGAAUGGCUUCGAUAAAUGUGACGACGAUUUUGUCCAAGUGAAAUAUGACGAUGGAUUCUGGCGUCCAUAUGCACUACGAGAGUCACUAAAAACAAGCAUCAAAAUGUCGAAAGAAACCGUUUUACAUUUCCAUGAUUAUCUGACGAAAGACUUUUUAAAUAAGAGUCUUGAUCGUCGCUUUGCUUCCUGUCAGAACACCGAAAUGACCGCGAACAAACAGAAAUUUGAUUGGCCUUGUUUACCCAGACGUAGAGCGAUUGCAGCAACAGAAAUAUCUCAUGUUCUAUCAAAUUAUUGUUUUUAUUCUGAUUUAAGCGUUAUAACUUGGUCAAGAGCUGGUAAGAUGACGGCAUCGUUUGGAGAAGACUUGGUGAUAUGGAUACCGAAAGGAAAAUCUUCCAUCACAUACGAGUUGAAAGGAAUUACUUGUCUCGCGUACAAUUUCGACGGAAAGUACUUAGCUGUCGGAACAAAAUUGGAAGAGAAGUUACCACAAAUCCAAAUAUGGGACCUUUCCAGCGAUUCGGUUGGAGUCUUUAUAACUUCAUGGAAAUAUAGUCGUCGUAAAGAUGAAGUUCGGUCUGUGAUUUGGGAUCCAAAAAAUUCCUUUAUUGUCAGUGGCACGUUAUCCGGAAAUGUCUAUGUUCAUAAUUGCAGUAUUUCGCUGAGAAUCCUCAAGACACUGGUCUGUGCAAAACUUUGCAUUAAUACUGUACAGAUAUCAGCGAAUCAGAUGUUUCUGUCGGCAGCCGAUAAAGGUGGAAAUGUCUUUGUGUGGAAUAUGCAGACAUACGAAUCUGUAUUUAAAUGGAGCGAAAAGGGCGUUAAUCGAGCUUUGAUAGCCUGGCAUCCAUGGAAGGAGACUUAUUUGAUAAUCGCUACACGACUUCCGGCAAGUAUUCGCUUAAUCGAUGUAAGAGCCCAUGAAAUGAUAGCGCACUACAACCGAACAGAUGAGCUAUGCCGAAUCGAUGCUAUUACAUUCAGUCCGAGAUCUGCUGAACUGGUGGUCAGCGUCACAAUAUUCGAUGAUGCGGAAACAUCCUAUGAAAUACUGGUUCUUGCCUCAUUGGAUCGAGUUGUUGAUUUGCUGAGCAUUCAUGAUGGCUGUGUUAAGUGUUUGCUAUGGAAUGCGGAUGGCAGUAUGUUAGCCACUGCUGGCAAUGAUAAUAUGCUGAACGUUUGGAAUUUCUUUGGGCAUUCGAAAUUCGGUCCGGUGAAAUCGAAUCCGAAGCAAAACUAUGUCAACUCUAAAUUUAUGCUCGGCAAUCCUUCAAUGCUGCGCUAAGAAUUGUGUUCAUUCCUUCGGUUAAUUUUGUGAUUAUUUCAAAUCUUUUUAUCUUUGCGAUCAUUUUUAUUAUUUUAUUUAUUUGAGAUUGUGUAUAUCGAGGUGCAUUAUAAAAUUUAAAUUGAGUCAAAA